AUCUGCGUCAUGUGUAAUGAUGUCAGUCGGGGUAUAAAUUGCCACACGACAGCACGGACAGCACCAUCGCCUCUCAUUUGCCUUCAUAUCAUCAGCUGCUGCAUAACAGGCCUGAAAGAACAAGAACAAGAUGCGGCUCCACGUGCCCACGUAUCUACUGCUUUUGGCUGUGACGUGCAGCAUUUUCGGCGGGGUGGAAAUGCAGGUCACCAAGUCCACCAACAGCACGAACAGCACCACCAGCAGCCCCAGCAUCACUCAGUCCUCGACCACCACCAAGCCCACCACUUUGAUCAACAGCGCCGGCAGCACGCUAGCCUCCGGAUCGGGCUCCGGAUCGGUUUCUGGUGGAUCCGGGGGAAAUUCGAGCACUAGUUCAGCUCUGACUAGCGGCUCCCUCUCCGCAGGUGGAAACGCUCUGCUCCUUUUCACCGUGUCGGUCUUCUUCUCCUUGGCAUUGCUGAUGAAGUAGAGGACACAAUCCAGCUACCUUUCACAGGAGCUGUUAAUGAGGGCUCUAAACCUUCAGACCACCUCAUAAGAAUCUAAUAACCGAGUAGAUUGGGUUGAUGGAAUCCUUUUAAGCUUUUUUUUUUUUCUAAAUUAUACACUUAAAAAUAUAUACUGUAAACAUCUAAAUAUUAAAAGAAGAAUAUAUAUAUAUAGGCUUAUCACCUUCUAUUUUUCUGUAACAGCAGUAAGUUAUAUUAUCGACAUACUAUGUGUUUAUAUGAUCUUUUCACUUUCCAUUUCACAAAAAAAAAAGAAGAAUUCAUUGAGCUGUAACUGUUGAACCUGCCAACACUGUAUAAGUAUAAGUCCUUCUUUUCUGCUCAAGGGACAUGAGAACUGUAAAGAACCUAAGGAACGUCCUAUGACGCGUUGCGGUUCAACCGGAAAAACAUCGACAGGUGUAUAGCACAAAAGAUACUUACUAUCACGAUGUAAACUGAUGUAGAUAGAUGGCUGUAAGGGUGAUGUAAAAUUAAAUACUCUCUGUACAAUUAUCCCAA